CUUCAAAGUCAAUGACUGAGUCCCCAGAGAUAUGAAAGAGGUAUAAGCUGCAAAAUAUCUUAGGUUUUUCAUUGAACAGCUAAGUUCGGUUCACCAUUUUCAUAAAACCCAUCAUGUUGUCUAUAUCUCAAGCUUGUAAGGCUUCUGCAAUGAAUGCUGUUUCAGUGACUCAUUUGGCUGUGUGGUGAAGCCAAAACUUGACUCUCUAUUGUUAUGCAUGAAGCUAUUCAAGUUCAUGGAGGGAGUUUCAAAACACAAACGCUCCAAUAGUGACCCAAUUAAAAGAAAGUUUGGGAAGGAAAAUUUGAACAGCAAUCCCUUGGCUCCUUACAGACUUAGAAAUUAUUCUUGUUUUGUUAAUAGAGAGAAAUGGGAAGACCAAACGACUCUGUUGAAGAUAUCACCAAGCAGCCCACUUGUUCUGAUGUUCAAAGUUCAUUAAAUCAGGAGAUUUUACAGCUUCAGAAACAAUUGCAGGACCAGCUUGUGGCACGUCACGCUUUGGAGAAGGCUUUAAGUAAUCAGCAACCAUCAUACGAUGCUACGAUUGAUGACUCACUCCCAAAGCCUGCCAAGGACCUAAUAAAGGACAUUACAGUUUUGGAACUGGAAGUAGUCCUUUUGGAGCGCUAUCUACUGUCCUUAUACCGGAAAGCAUUUGAUCAAUGCAUACCAGCUGAAUUGCCGAUGGCCGAAAGACAGAAUUCGUCUUCAGUCACACAUCAAGGUAGUUCCGGAGAAGUUUCUAAACAAGAUGUUACAUCAGAAAGUACCAGAACAAUCACCUACUCGGAUGAUCUUACAUUGCCUCGGAGUUCAUCUGGCAAACCAUUCAAUGAAUGCCUUGGCAUAUGGGAACCCGAAAAAGUGUUAGAUUCAAGCAUUCAUCGUUGCUACUCCUCAUUGUCUCAGCAUUCAACUUGUUCACCGAGAACUUCUCCUAGAACAAUGUCUCGAACCAAAGCUGUAGAUUCAUAUCACUCCUUACCUUUCACGAUGCUAGAGAAAGCACAAUUUGCAACUUCAAAAGUAAAUACAGAAGAACAUCUUGGAACUUAUUUCUCUGAUCAUGUUCCAGAGACAGCAAACUGCCUAUCUGAAGAAAUGAUCAAGUGCAUUUCAGCAAUAUAUUGUGAACUUGCAGACCCGUCUAUUAUUAAUGACGGUUACUCUUGCUCUCCAAUCGCAUUCUCAGCACCACUGCCUGGCUUAUCUUCACAGAAUGGAAGUGAAAAGUGGAGUUCCCUGCGUACGAAAAUUCCUUUCUUCAAUUCACAGUUUGAAAAGCCUAUCCACUUUGAAGGAACAGAAGACUUGAGUGGACCUUACUGUAGAAUGCUAAAGGUACAAUGGAUCAGUGGGGAUCCAGAGAAGUUAAGAGAUGUCGAACACACACUAAAGAAAUUCAGCUCCCUUGUUUAUCAGUUGGAAGGAGUUGAUCUCAGAAAGAUGAAACAUGAAGAGAAAUUGGCAUUUUGGAUCAAUGUGCACAAUGCACUCGUUAUGCAUACAUUUUUAACAUAUGGGAUUCCAAAGAAUUAUUCAAAAAGAGUGUCAUUGCCACUCAAGUCUGCGUAUAACGUGGGAGGUCGCACCAUAAGUGUAGACAUGAUACAGAGAGCCAUUUUGGGGUGUAGAUUGCCUCGUCCUGGACAAUGGCUGCGGCUGUUAUUUAACAUGCAAACGAAGUUCAAGCAUGGAGAUGUACGCAAAUCAUAUGCUAUUGAGAAUCUUGAACCUCUUUUGCAUUUUGCCCUCUGCUCCGGGAGUUAUUCCGAUCCUGCGGUACGGAUAUACACACCAAAGAGAGUGUUCGAGGAGCUGGAAACUGCAAAAGAGGAGUACAUCCAAUCAACCUUUCUUCUCCACAAGGAACAGAAAAUCCUUCUUCCAAAGAUUAUGGAGUCAUUUGCAAAGGACUCAGGAUUAUGUUCUGCCGGUUUAAUAGAGAUGAUUGAGCAUUUACUGCCCAACUCAGAAAGAAAAAGCAAUCACCAGUGCCAACAGAGAAGAAUGUGGAAGACAAUUGAUUGGAUUCCUCACAACUUUACUUUCCGUUAUCUUAUACCAAAAGAAGUAGCGUGGUGAUCUCCAUGCAUUGUUGAGUGAAAAGUUCAGAACGGAAAUGAAUCGCAACUUCCUCAACAGAUGCACACUCAGACUAACAGCAGAGUGAUGAUCAAAUCUGCUCAAGCUUGCUGAACUUGAAUUUAUAGUAAAUGCGCUUGAAAUAGGAGAAUAUAAUGGUAAAAAGAACAUUAUGGUUUGGAAGUAUUGUGCUCUAGUGAGCUUGAGCUUGUUUGAUCACCGGUUUUGUUGCAGUGUGGUGGUAGUGCUCUUGCCUGCUCUUUUUCCAGCAGUUUGCAGUAGGAUUUGUAUGUAAAAAUCAAAUGAAAAAAGAAACUUGGGAAGCUGUAA